AUUGCAAUAUUUAAAGGAUUGUUAAAAUAUGCAAUUGUUUUGCAUUUGUGUAUUUAUUUUGAAGCAGUAAGCACUUUCGGGUCCAAUAGUAAAUCUUGUGGCUAGCCAUGGGCGACAGCGAGGACGAGUACGACCGCAAGAGGCGUGACAAGUUCAGGGGCGAGCGCACCGAGUCGUACCCGCGGGGGGACAGCCGUCGCGGCGGCGGCACGGACGAGCGCAGGAGAGACGACUGGAUCGACAGGGAGUCUUGGGGCAGUCGUAAUCGCCAGCGCACAGACUACCGAGACUACCGAGGGGGUGGGGGCAGAGAGCGGUACAGCCCUGCCCACUCGCAAGACAUGGUGCAGCCGAUGAAACGAAUGAAAACAGAGUGGGAGGACAGACGGAGCGGAGGGUACGGCCAUGACGGCGGUGGUUACGGGGGAGGCUACCGCAGCUGGGGGCAGGACAGCUACCCUCCGCAGCACAACUACGGCGGUCACAUGAACAACCAGAGGGACAUGCCGUCCGUCGAGACACAGCCUCCGAUGAUGUCUUUCAAAAUGUUUCUGCAAACACAAGACGACAACAUAACCGACGAAGAAGCUAUCAAGAAAUACAAUGAGUAUAAAUUAGAGUUUAAAAGGCAGCAGCUCAAUGAAUUUUUUAUGGCUCACAAGGAUGAAGAAUGGUUCAAAAUAAAGUAUCAUCCUGAAGAUUCAGUGAAGCGGAAAGAAGAACAGAUGGACUCUCUGAAGAACCGCGUCAAGGUGUUCAUGGAGUUCCUGGAGAACGGCCGGCUGGACAAGGUGUCGCUGGACGGCCACCAGUCGGAGCAGCUGCUGAACCUGCUGGAUGCCGUGGUGAUCCGGCUGGAAGGGGGCACGGACUUCGACCUGACGGUGCUGGAGGACGAGAAGCCGGCGCCGGGCGGGAGCUCGGAGGAGCAGCCGGCUGCGACGACGUCGGCGGCGGCGGCGACGGGGGGCGGCGACCAGCCGGCGGAGAAGCCCAAGUCCCCCGCGCCCAAGCCGGCGGACAAGAAAGAGAGCGAUGAUGAGCUUGACACUGGAGAUAAAGAUGCUGUAGUUUUGGUGAAGGAAUCAUUGGAGCCCCUACAAGAAGCAGCUGACCAGGAUGAUGAUAAAGCUGAGCAGAAAUCAGAGAAAUCUGACAAAUCAGAUAAGUCUGAUAAAUCUGCCAAAUCAGAUAAGUCUGAUAAAUCUGCCAAAUCUGCCAAGUCGGUCAAAUCAAUAAAAUCAAUUAAAUCUGACAAGUCUGAUAAAUCUGACAAGUUUUACAAAUCUGACAAAUCUGACAAAUCCGACAAGUCUGACAAAUCAGACAAGAGUGACAAGUCGGAUGACAGUGAUAAUGAUUCACCUGACGAGGAGCCUCCGCCACCGGGUAUGGAGGGAGACCAGAGUGACGAAGACGACACUGUUCUGGCCAAGCUGAAGGUCGCUGAAGUCAAGCAAGACAGCAAGAAGAGGAAAAGGUCGGAGAGCGCCGAGCCGGAGCCGGACCCGGAGCCGGAACCGGAAGCGGAAGAAAUCAAGUCGGAUGUCGAGAUGGAGGACAUUUCUGACAAGGAGGACUCCAGUUUGAAGCUGGACAAGGAGAAUGAGGAAGACCCGAAGAAAGCGGAAGGGGAGGGGGACGCGAAGGCGGAGGACAAGCCGAGCGUGCCGGAGGAGCCCAAACCGCGACCGCUUCACAGGACGGUGUCCAUCUUCUUGAGGACUCUGGCUCCGUCGAUCACCAAGCAGGAGGUCGAAGCUAUGUGCAAGAGGUACCCCGGGUACAUGCGCGUGGCAAUAGCGGAUCCGCAGCCUGAGAGGAAGUGGUUUCGAAGAGGAUGGGUCACCUUUGAGAGGCACGUCAACAUCAAGGAGAUCUGCUGGAACCUCAACAACAUACGGCUGCGCGACUGCGAGCUGGGCGCCAUCGUGAACCGAGACCUGAGCCGGCGGAUACGCACGGUGAACGGCAUCACCGUCCACAAGCAGGUGGUGCGCCACGACAUCAAGCUGUCGGCCCGCAUCGUGCACAACCUGGACAGCAGGAGCGCCCUGUGGUGCGAUGGCGACAGCCCGGCGGAGCCCCCGCCCCGCCCCGAGGACACCUCCGUGCCGUCGUUCGGGCUGGUGUCGAGGAACCCGGUGCUGAGGAACAUCACGGACUACCUGAUCGAGGAGGCGUCCGCGGAGGAGGACGAGCUGCUGGGGCAGGCGGGCGAGCGCGAGGACGGCCAGCUGGCCGACGACACGGGCGCCCUCGAGCGCGACGACGCCCUCAUCAAGGUUCUGGACAGACUGCUCCUGUACCUGCGAGUCGUCCACUCGGUCGACUACUACUACCACUGCGAGUACCCCAACGAGGACGAGAUGCCGAACAGAUGCGGCAUAAUGCACAUUCGCGCCACGCCUCCCUCGUCCAAGGUGACGCCGCAGGAGAUAAGCGAUUACUGCCGGACGUUUGAGAACAAGGUGUCGUGCUUCCUCCAGCCCCCCGCCCCGACCCGUGACGACGAUUAUGACAAGCUGGGCUGCAAGGAUCCUGAUGUCGAGGUGGAGAAGUUCAUCCAGGCCAACACCCAGGAGCUGGCCAAGGACAAGUGGCUGUGCCCCCUCUCCGGGAAGAAGUUCAAGGGCCCGGAGUUUGUGCGCAAGCACAUCUUCAACAAGCACGCUGAGAAGGUGGAGGAGGUCAAGAAGGAGGUGGAGUACUUCAACAACUACCUGCGCGACCCCAGGAGGCCACAACUGCCGGAGCACCCGGGCAAGCGACACCCACGCGACGGUCCGGACCAGAACUUCCCGUCCCCGGGACCCUACAUGCCGCCGUACCAGUACAACAACUAUGGACGCCAUAUGAAUUAUGGAGGUCACCCUUACGGAGGUGGCUAUGGAUACGGUCAUGGGUACGGGAGGCCAAAUCGUGGCUUCAACAGGGGAAGGGGCGGCGGCGACUACCGACCUGUGAUUCACUACCGAGACCUGGACGCCCCGAGAGACAUCGAAGAAAUCAUUUAAGAGGGCAGCCGCCCGUAUCAAUUCUUCUAUGUAAUUUCUGCCAGUGGCUCAGCACCGUAAGAUGAUGCUACGAGUUGUGUUUCUCUAGAGCGACGAGUUCUAGAUUGUUCUUGAGUUUUUGUACUGCAUAGAGCUUAAGAGUGGAUCAUUGAAAUUAUUGUAUGCCUGGGGAAAAGCAGUUUAAAAGUAUAGAUUUUUACAUACUAGCAGGUUGAUGUCGAAUGUGUUAACGUGGUCGCUUAAUGUUGAGUGUGGUACUGCAGCAAUAUGUAACAAACGUAAAUCCUAAAUUGUUUGUUCACUUAUCUUUGUAGUAAACCUCCAUCGAGAUAACUGCCGAUGUGACAUUAAAAAAAAUCUACAUUUACUAAAUGUGUAGAAAAAAAAAGUAUUUUAAGUUUCAUAAGAACAGAUUAUUUUGUAUUUUGUGCAUAUUAAUUCAAAUCUUUUAAAUAAAUACAAUAAGUGUCUGUAGGAUGCCAAAAGACUGUGGUUAUGCAUAAACCAGCCGAUGUUGUUACCUUUGUAUUUUCUACAGAUCGUGUGUAAGUAGUUAACUAAAUGUGAAUCAUAAUAAAUAUAAAUUUUUAUUA